UUGUGUCUCAUUCCUAAAUUGAUUCCUGGAUGCACGGAUGCACAUACCCUUUAUGCUAUUUUCAACUGCCUUGUGAGCCAAAUCAGCUUGUAAAUUGCAUAUGAGACUAAAAACAUGAUUAGGAAUAUUGUGUUUUGACUUGUUAAGAACAAGAGUGUGAGAGCAAACUAAUCGCUGGACAGUACAUGUAACAUCUUGAUAUUUGAAUGACAUUCCUGCUCUGGGAGACAUUGGUUGAGUAUAUCUCAUUCCAGUAGCUCGUUGGCCCCAGUAGCUUAAAGUUUAGUAUUUCAAAAUUAAAGUUUGAAAGAGGAACGGAUUGAGAUACUUUAGUAUGUAUAUCUAAGAACCAAGAACCAUCCAUAAAUCUGUUUCAGCCAAAGCUGCCCAAUAGUUCAUAGUGCCAUGAUAACUGGUGGUCUCCUACAACUACUAGACACUGAAGUUUUAGAUUAGCUGUCCGGUGGAAUCAAAGCAAGGCCAUGAAAAUAAACAUGACAGGGACCGAAAUUUUUUAUAUUCUUGGUAUAAAGACACGCAGGCAUGUCUUUUAGAACGUCCAUACCUAAUCAUAUAGCACGAAACAUUUAGAACGUCCAUACCUAAUCAUACAGGUUACCCAGAUUAAGCCCUAGAAACUGUAUGUGCAUUUUUUGCGUGGCCAAUUUUUUUGGAGAAAUUAAUUCCUUCCAGAUAUUUGCAAUGUAUAGACAUUUCAAAUCACUUGUGUUUGUUAAAUAGUUCUAAUUUGUUUCUGAGAAUUCUAUUUUCAUCUGUCCUCUUACAUGGGUUGCCAUUUUGUUCUUCACGUGCAAUUGAUUGGAGGCUUGGUUUUGAAAUGGAAAGCUGCUCCUAAUGCUGCUUGUCUGAACGUGAACUCCUUAGCUCUUCCAUCAAAUGUAACCCGAGGAUACUGUACCUCCCAUUUUUCUCCUAGGAAGUGGGCAAUUCAAUCUACUGCACAGGCUGACAACACAACUUUUAGUAAUGAAGACAGGAAGACAUGGGAAGCAUGCAGAGAAGCUCUGUCUGCAUUUAAUUUCAAUGCUGAGGAGAAAGACAAGAUACUUGGAAAAGCAUUUGGUCACGUCCAUUCUCCUUACUGGGGUGAACAACGAAAACUAGAAGUCCCCAAAUUUGAAAUUGUUUGUGAAACGUUGGAUUAUCUGAGGAGCCUUGGUCUUUCAGAAGAUGACCUCUUUAAGUUGCUCAAAAAGUUCCCUGAAGUCCUUGGUUGUAGCCUUGAACAAGAAUUGAAAACUAAUGUGAAGAUCCUGGAGAAAGAUUGGGGAAUUAAAGGAAAAUCCCUGCAAAAGCUUCUUCUUCGAAACCCAAAAGCUUUGGGAUAUAAUGUUGAUUGCAAGGGAGAUUGUAUCGCACAAUGCACGAGGUGCUGGGCGCGGUUUUAGAGUCAAAAUUUCUAUCAUUUUUUGCAUACCAAGACAACGUUAUCAGCAAAGUUCUGUUAAAAAAAUUUAUGUAUGUCACGUUGAAUACACAUUCUUGAUGUAUUACAGAUUAAUGUACAUUAAGUCACCUUGGGAAUACAGUCUUUCGAUGUCUUAUAGCA